AUGCCUCACCCGGUUUCGCCGCCGCUUGUGGUGUCGAAAGAAGCCCCUCCCCCGCCAUCACAGGAGGAUGUCGCGGCCUUCAUCAACACCAUCUUCAACGCCCAGACGUCCGCUGCGUCCAUCGAUGCCUGCUAUGCCCUUUGCGAUCUGCUCCUCAACUCGGUCGGAUCUGCCGGCCUGACCACAUAUGGGAUCCUCGCCGAGGUCAAGAAGGCGGCUGCUGAUAAGAAGAGCGGGCUCCGACGAGAGAGCAGCCAGAACCUGCUGGGUGCCAUCUUCGAGCGGUUCCCUCCGCGAGAGGCCCUGAGCGAGGUUGUGCUGCUGGUACAGGAUGCCAGCACCGUGGCCUGUGCCCUGGAUGCUCUGGCUGAUAAGGGCUCCGUUGUCCGUGAGGCUGCCCAAUAUGGCCUUGAUGCGCUGUUCGCCAACCUCAGUGCCGAGGCCCUGGUUGUUGGUCUGCUGCCCGUCUUGACCCAGUAUCUCGGCAAGAAGACGGGCAAAUGGCAGGGCACCGUGGGAGCCUACCUGCUGCUGCAGAAGAUGGCCGACAAAUCGCAGAUGGUUGUCGGCAGCACCAAGGAGGAGGCUGCUGAUAAGGAUGUGCUUCGCGAGGCCAUGGGAGCCAAGCUCGCCGGCCUGAUCCCCAUCGUUGAGGGUGGCAUGCACGACCUGAAGACCGAGGUGGAGAAGCAGGCUGUCAAGACGAUGAACUCUCUCACCAGUCUCCUAUCCAAUGACGAUGUUGCCCCUCGGAUUCCCCUGCUUGUCGACACUAUGCAGCAUCCCUCUCCCCAGACUCUCCAGAAAGCCAUCCACGCCUUGUCACAGACUACAUUUGUGGCUGUUGUCACGUCUCCUGUGCUGGCGCUGCUGACUCCUUUCCUCGAGAGAUCUCUCAACACCCCCACUACCUCUCAGGAAGUUCUCAGACAGACAGUCGUCAUCGUCGAGAACUUGACCAAGCUCGUCCACGAUCCUAUCGAGGCCAGAACCUUCCUUCCCAAGCUGAUGCCUGGUGUCAAGGGCGUCUGCGACCGUGCAUCUCUCCCCGAGGUUCGAGAGAUUGCCGAAAGAGCCCUCGCAACUAUGGAGAAGGCUAUGGGCAACGACAAGGACAUUAUUGCCCGAACCACCAUCGACGACGUUGCCAAGGUCCUUGAUGCAGAGGUUCAGAAGCACAAUGCACUGGUGCUACAGGCCGAGACUUACAAGCUUGCCAAAGCUUACAUCUCCGAGAUGGUUGCCACUGAUGUCAACUACCGUCAUAUUGCCCGAAUCUCUGCCAGGAUUGCGCCUUACCUCAAGACCCUGCUGCAGAGCCCCGACGCCCCCCAGCAGGUGGCGGAUGCCGUCCAGCAAUUCUACUUGGAAGAGGACCAGCGCCGAUAUGGUGUCCCUGAGAAGGAGGACGACGGCGAGGUCGAGAUUGUCAACGCCGACUUCUCUCUGGCUUACGGUGGUAUGCUGCUGCUUUCUCACACCAACCUGCGACUUCUCAAGGGCCACAGAUAUGGUCUCUGUGGUCGCAACGGUGCUGGCAAGUCUACUCUCAUGAAGAGUAUCGCCGGUGGCAAGCUGGAGGGUUUCCCUCCCCAGGACGUCUUGCGUACUUACUACGUUGAGCACAACCAGGGCGAAGACGCUGAGAUUAGCAUCCUUGAGUUUGUCUCCAAGGACCCUGAGAUUGGCCCCCAGGGAACUGCUCACAUCUCCAAGGUUUUGGAAGAAUUCGGAUUCACUUCUGGACCUGAGGGUCGUCAAUCUCAGCAGGUCGGAUCUCUCUCUGGUGGUUGGAAGAUGAAGCUUGCCCUGGCCCGAGCCAUGCUGAAGGGUGCUGACGUCCUCUUGUUGGACGAACCUACUAACCAUCUGGAUGUUGCCAACAUUGCUUGGCUUGAGAACUACCUCAAGUCACACCCCGAUAUCACCAGUUUGAUCGUGUCUCACGACUCUGGCUUCUUGGACAACGUCACCACCGACAUUUACCACUAUGAGCCCAACAAGAAGCUUGCAUGCUACAAGGGUAACCUUGCAGCAUUCGUCCAGCUCCGCCCCGAGGCUAAGAGCUACUAUACUCUAUCGGCAUCCAACGUUCAGUUCAAGUUCCCUCCUCCUGGUAUUCUCACUGGUAUCAAGUCUCAGACCCGUGCCAUCAUCCGCAUGACAAACGUCUCUUAUACCUACCCCAAGGCUCCCAAGCCAUCGCUGCAAGACGUUUCUUGCUCCCUCUCCCUCUCCUCGCGAGUGGCCAUUAUUGGACCCAACGGUGCUGGCAAGUCUACCUUGAUCAAGCUGCUCACCGGUGAGACCAUUCCCACCACUGGCAAGGUUGAGAAGCACCCCAACCUUCGUAUCGGUUACAUUAAGCAGCACGCCCUGGAGCACGUUGAGAUGCACUUGGAGAAGACUCCCAACCAGUACCUGCAGUGGCGAUACCAGCAUGGUGACGAUCGUGAGGUCCACAUGAAGCAGACUCGUGCUUUGUCUGACCAGGAUCGUGAACAGAUGGACAAGUUCAUCGACCUCAAGGACGGCAAGCCUGCCAAGCAAAUCGAGUCGCUUGUUGGUCGUCAAAAGUACAAGAAGACGUUCCAAUAUGAAGUUAAAUGGCGUGCCACUCUUCCCAAGUACAACACCAUGAUUUCGCGCGAGACUCUGCUUGAGCUGGGCUUUGAUAAGCUCGUUCAGGAGUUUGACGAUCACGAGGCGUCUCGUGAGGGUCUUGGAUACCGUGAACUCCAGCCAUCUGUCAUCUCCAAGCACUUUGAAGAUCUCGGCUUGGAUCCCGAUAUCGCCAACCACAACGAAAUUGGCUCGCUCUCUGGUGGUCAGAAGGUCAAGGUCGUUAUUGCUGGUGCCAUGUGGAACAACCCCCACUUGUUGGUCCUUGACGAGCCUACUAACUUCUUGGACCGAGACUCUCUUGGAGGUUUGGCUGUGGCUAUCCGAGAGUUCAAGGGAGGUGUUAUUCUCAUUUCCCACAACGAAGAGUUUGUUGGUGCGCUCUGCUCUGAGCAGUGGCUUGUCAACGACGGACGGGUUGCCCAGCGCGGUAACGCUGCUGUUGACCUUGGUCGCUUUGAGGACAGCCGCCCUGGAAGCGGUGUUACGAGCACUGCGGCCAGCUCGGUUGUUAGCAGCGCUGUCAACUCUGGCGUCGAGGAUAACGGCGAGCUCAAGUUCAAGGCUCGCAAGAAGAAGAAGAUGACCAAGAAGGAGCUCAAGGACCGAGAAGUUCGUCGCCGUCUGCGACACAUUGAGUGGCUCAACAGCCCCAAGGGAACUCCUCACCCUCCUGACACUGACGAUGAGGAGUAAAAUGUCAGGGCUCUUCUUUGUGAAGCCUCUCGAAUGGGGAAAAAGUUUUGCUUUAUUUUACUUGAUGAAGAUUAUUAUUAUUUAGAGAAGGAGGCAGAUGCCAGUAUUUUUUUGGGGCUUGGGUAUUGAGUUUGGGCAUGAAUCUGUGUGUUUAUAGCGUCUGGUAGAGCUUGCGCGCUGGGGAAAAAAAGAAUUGGAUAGAUGGUUGAGAUGAUGGGAGGGGGGGCAUGUGCAUGACUUUGAGAUGAAGAGGCAUAGAGGCGUUUUACGGAUACAUAGAUGGAUUCUUUUUCAUUUUUCAUCUUUUCUUUGGGAAUUUCACUUUAUGAAUCGUAUAGACUGUUGUGAAGCUAUCAAUGGAACAUCAUUUCC